CGCCGAAGGUCGUCUUGUCCUGAAAAUCUUCUCCUUUUUAGAUUUCUGCUUCGUCCUUGCACGUCCAGAAAAUAAAGUAAAAUGCGUGAGUGUAUUUCCAUCCAUAUUGGUCAGGCUGGGGUCCAGAUUGGCAAUGCCUGCUGGGAGCUGUAUUGCCUGGAACAUGGCAUCCAGCCAGACGGUCUGAUGCCGAGUGACAAGACCGCAGGAAGAGGAGACGACUCCUUCAACACUUUCUUCAGUGAGACCGGUUCUGGAAAGCAUGUUCCCCGGGCCGUGUAUGUGGACCUGGAGCCCACUGUCAUUGAUGAGGUACGCACUGGGACCUACCACCAGCUAUUUCACCCUGAACAGCUGAUUAGUGGUAAGGAGGAUGCUGCCAACAAUUACGCUCGUGGGCACUACACCAUCGGAAAGGAGAUCAUCGAUCCUGUUUUGGAUAGGAUUCGCAAACUGGCUGACCAGUGUAAUGGUCUUCAGGGCUUCCUGGUUUUCCACAGCUUUGGUGGAGGCACUGGCUCUGGUUUCACCUCCCUGCUGAUGGAGCGCCUGUCUGUCGACUAUGGCAAGAAAUCCAAGCUGGAGUUCUCUGUCUACCCGGCCCCGCAGGUGUCCACAGCCGUGGUGGAGCCUUACAACUCCAUCCUGACCACCCACACCACCCUGGAGCACUCGGACUGCGCCUUCAUGGUGGACAACGAGGCCAUAUACGAUAUCUGCUGUCGGAACCUGGACAUCGAGCGCCCCACCUACACCAACCUGAACAGACUGAUGAGUCAGAUCGUGUCCUCCAUCACGGCUUCUCUUCGUUUUGACGGCGCGCUCAACGUGGAUCUGACUGAGUUCCAGACCAACUUGGUGCCUUAUCCACGUAUCCACUUCCCUCUGGUCACCUAUGCCCCCGUCAUCUCUGCCGAGAAGGCUUACCACGAGCAGCUGACCGUAGCUGAAAUCACCAACGCUUGCUUUGAGCCAGCCAAUCAGAUGGUGAAAUGUGACCCUCGCCACGGCAAGUACAUGGCCUGCUGCCUUUUGUACCGUGGAGAUGUGGUGCCCAAAGACGUCAACGCUGCCAUUGCCAACAUCAAAACCAAGCGCACCAUCCAGUUUGUGGACUGGUGCCCCACUGGUUUCAAGGUGGGCAUCAACUACCAGCCUCCCACUGUGGUUCCUGGUGGAGACAUGGCCAAGGUCCAGAGGGCUGUGUGCAUGUUGAGCAACACCACGGCCAUUGCAGAGGCCUGGGCUCGGCUCGACCACAAGUUUGAUCUGAUGUACGCCAAGCGUGCCUUCGUUCAUUGGUAUGUGGGUGAGGGCAUGGAGGAGGGAGAGUUCUCCGAGGCCAGGGAGGACAUGGCUGCACUGGAGAAGGAUUAUGAAGAGGUUGGAACUGAUUCUAUUGAAGGGGAGGGUGAGGAAGAAGGAGGGGAAUAUUAAAAUGGCCUCCUGAUACAAGUUCUGUUUUUUUAAAGUUUUUCUCGUUCUGUUCUGAUGUUUUUCUACUUGCUGUUUUAGAGCUCAAGUACAAUAUGUUUAAAGAGCACAACCAAUUUUGUAGGGGGAUAUUUAUGAUUGGAGUAUACUUAUGUUUGUUUUUAACUUUGCAUUCCCAUUUCUAGGAAGAAACCCAUUGUACUUUUGUUGCUUAUCCAAUACAUGUUUGUGAAUGAAUAGGAAAAGACAUUAAGUCAUUUCAGUAGUAAGUUCUCUGUCUUACCUUAUUAAAUUAGAUUUAACAUGUGAAAAUAGUCAAAGACUAUUUCUGUUUUGUAAAAUGUUUGAAUUGUUGCCCUGUGCCUGUUAACAGGGAGUUGCUUUAAUCCUUUGCAGAACAUGCAGCGUUUGUAUCGUGAAUUGAAAUUUUUUUGUGUAUUUAAACAAUAAAAAUUAAAAACU